AUGUCCCCAAUGUCCCCAAUGUCCCCCGUCUGUCUGUCUCCUGUCUGUCUGUCCGUCUGUCCCCGACGUCCCCUGUCUGUCCCCAAUGUCCCGCUGUCUGUCUGUCCCCAACGCCCCCUGUCUGUCCCCUGUCUGUCCCCUGUCCGUCUGUCUGUCCCCGACGCCCCUGUCCGUCUGUCUGUCCCGUCUGUCUGUCUGUCCCCGACGCCCCUGUCUGUCCCCUGUCUGUCCCCUGUCCGUCCGUCCGUCUGUCCCCGACGCCCCUGUCCGUCUGUCUGUCCCCUGUCCGUCCGUCCGUCUGUCCCCGACGCCCCUGUCCGUCUGUCUGUCCGUCUGUCUGUCUGUCCCCGACGCCCCUGUCCGUCCGUCUGUCCCCUGUCUGUCCGUCUGUCCCCUGUCCGUCUGUCUGUCCCCUGUCUGUCCGUCUGUCUGUCCCGUCUGUCCCCUGUCCAUCCGUCUGUCCCCGACGCCCCUGUCCGUCUGUCUGUCCCCUGUCCGUCCGUCUGUCCCCGACGCCCCUGUCCGUCUGUCUGUCCCCGACGCCCGUCUGUCUGUCCCGUCUGUCCCCUGUCUGUCCGUCUGUCCCCGACGCCCCUGUCCGUCCGUCUGUCCCCUGUACGUCCGUCCGUCUGUCCCCGACGCCCCUGUCCGUCUGUCUGUCCCCUGUCCGUCCGUCCGUCUGUCCCCGACGCCCCUGUCCGUCUGUCUGUCCCCGACGCCCGUCUGUCUGUCCCGUCUGUCCCCUGUCUGUCCGUCCGUCUGUCCCCGACGCCCCUGUCCGUCUGUCUGUCCCCUGUCCGUCCGUCUGUCCCCGACGCCCCUGUCCGUCUGUCUGUCCCCUGUCCGUCCGUCUGUCCCCGACGCCCCUGUCCGUCCGUCUGUCCCCUGUCCGUCCGUCUGUCCCCGACGCCCCUGUCCGUCUGUCUGUCCCCGACGCCCCUGUCCGUCUGUCUGUCCCCUGUCCGUCCGUCUGUCUGUCCCCGACGCCCCUGUCCGUCCGUCUGUCCCCGCAGUGACCACGACCUGACCCCCUGGGGUCUCUUCGGGCCCCUCUCGCAGCUCCUGCGCCGCGGCCUCGACACCGGAGAGGUGCCAGCACAGGUGAUGGUCCCGGCCAUCUCGUGCCUCUUCUUCCACCUCUUCUGGGAGCUCUCCCGAGUUCCCGACUCCGGAGCCUCCCCGGCGGAUCUGCGGGCGCUGCGCUCCCGGGCCGCCUCGCUGCUGUCCCUGUGCCAGAGCUGCCUCUCGGAGCCCGAGCCCCAGCUCAGGGAGACGGCGCUGCAGGCGCUGCAGGAGCUGCUGCUGCUGCUGGGCCCGGGGCUGCCCCACGAGCGGCUGCGGCUGCGCCCGGAGCCGGCGCUGGAGGCGCAGCUGGGGCUGGCCCUGACUGACCUCGUCUUCCAGCCCCACGGGCGUGCCGAGGCGCUGCCGCGGCGCCGCUCGCUCCUGGCCGGCUUCUGCCGCCUCCUGCUGGCCGGAGUCCUGCGGCUCCGCGCCGCCGCCGACCUCUUCAAACACUACGGCAAGUUUUUCGGGGAUUUCGGGGACAUCAUCCGGGAGACGCUGCGCGGCGCGCGCGACCUCGACCGCCCCGAGUGGGCGCGGACGGUGCUGCUGAGCCUGCGGCAGCUUUUCACGGAGCUGCUGCUCCAGGAGGGCCCCGAGCUCCGGGGGCUCCCGGAAUUCCAGGAAAUUCGGGAUCUGGGCCGGCGCCUCUCGCUCUUCUUCGGCCUCGGGCAGGCGCGGAGCCGGCAGCCGCUGCUGCAGCUGCACAGCGAGGGGAUCCAGUUCUCGCUGCAGCCGCCCCCGGAGCCCCAAAUUCCCGGAAUUCCGGAGGGGCUCCCCCUAACUUGCCCUUCCUGGAGGUGCUGAGCGAGUUCUCGCCGCGGCUGCUGCGCCCCGACCGCGCCCUGCUGCUGGCGCUGCUGGAGCGGACGUGCCGCGAGCGGGGGCUGGGCGCGGAUUUUGGGGCGGAUUUGGGCGAUUUUGGGGCUCCCCUGCUCUGC